UCCGGAGAAGCAGAAAAACUGAAGCCGGCACAGAGUCACUGUCAGACAGGAACAGAAGCCGAGACUCACCGCCACCUCCUCCACCUCCUCAGUCUGGUGAGACUCAUCCCUCAUAUCUCCACUCUGUUGGAUCUAAUAGCAGCUGCUUCUAUCUCUUCUUCUUCUUACUUACCCGCCAGCGGAGGGAUAUUCCUUUGUUUUCCUGAAGCGUGGAGUCUCCAAGACGACCACCUUGUGUUGGAUGAGCCUGUGAGAAGAGGAAUCUUCUGCGGCAAAUCUCUGUUUUAGAUUUUUAUUAAUAACUAUCAAGUCCUAUUUUAAAUUAGUAUCUAAGUUAUAACAAAAAGGACUUUAAUUUUAGAAUUUUUUAGUACUGAAGAGAUUUUCGAGUUUAAGCCCAGUGUGAAUGGGGAUUUGAGUUUUUUUUCCCCAGCCCCUCCUCCCUCCACAGGGAGGUCUUCUUACAGAGCAGUGCCAGACAGAGCUGCUAAGGACCUUACAACUUUCCCGAGAACACUACAAACUGACUGGUGGUGACUAGGGGUCCCACCUGUUACUCCUUUUUUUUCUCUUCGGAGACAGCAAUGACCAUGCUGUGCCUAAAGAAAUACUUCACAGAGGGCCUCAUCCAGGUGGCCAUCCUGCUGAGUCUCUGUGGAGUGAGGGUCGAUGUGGAACUGGAGACCUACCUGCCUCCCUCCUUGCAAGAGAUGAUCCUGGGUCAGACCUCUGCACUGACCCAGACGCAGUUCCACAAUCUCCGCAACCACCUGGAGGAUGGCCACGGCUUGCACCCCAAGAAUGUAGACCUGGACGGAUUUUUCACAACAAGAAGGCUACUGGGCUGGGUGCGCUCUCUGGACAGACUACAGAUUCCUCAUGCUGAGCUGGAGACAUGGCUGGUCCAGAGGGAGCCAGAUCCUCUAACUAUUGAUCGUCCAGAUCAGUCCUCCCUGCUGGAGAGAGCUCCUGCCCGGGUGGAGAGAGACCUGAUUGGUCUGACUGUGGAGCCUAGACCUGGACUUGGUACCUUGCAGGAAGAAGUGGAGGCUGAAGAAAAAGAGGAAGAAAUACAGAAUGAGCUUCAUUACAGUGAUGAUCUGGAUGAGAGUGGAGAGGAAGAGGAGGAUGAAGAGGACGACAUGGCCAGGAUGCAUAGCCACUACAUGAGGACACUGGGAGGAGGAAGAACAGAGGGUUCUGACAGCCGUGCUAACAGCAGAGAUUUGACUCACAAUGAAGCGGAACAGAGUUCUUUCCCCCUUCAGGAGUGUUUGAGGCUCUUGGAGGAAACCUUUCCCUUCACAGAGGAACAAGAGUUAAGUGAUGAUGGCGGUAGAGGGGGAGACCUGGGACGUCACCACUCAAGCAGGGAGCCCCUGCUUUCCCCCAUCAUACCCACUGAUAACCCCACUUUGGACCUGGAGCUUGACUGGCAGGACCUGUUUGCUAUCAUGGAACCUGAGAACACAGAUGCUGACACAAUGACAUCAUUAGACAACGUCUUAGAGUCAAGACCCCCUGGGCCGCCGCCGCCUGUUGAGUCAGAAACUUUUAACCUAAACUGUAACAACCUUGACAACGGCAUAACCGAUGCUCAUCAGGGUGCCCAUCUAGUAGAAACUCCCCUGCAGCAUGGUUUCUUGUGGCCUGCCAGCCAGCCCCGGCUCGAGCCAGCCCUUCUCUCCCUCACUCCCAGUGCGGAGUUAGAUGAUCACACUUCAGCCUUCAAUACGUGGGAUGUUUCGAAAAACUCAAACGUGAAUACCUUACACAGGCCUCCAGAUCACAUGGAUCUCUUGGCUGACGAACCUUCAGAAGAUUUCUCUAUGGGACAAAAUGCAGAUGAUAACUCGAGUACCUUCAACAUAAACCUGUUAGCUCAAGAUCCAGUGGAUAACUUGGAAGAAAGUCAGAGAGUAGAAUAUGCUCUCUACCCUGGAGACCUCGCUAGCUUUAACGUUAACUUAAAUUCACGUGACUUAAAAGCUCCCAGUCCUUCCCUGUCCCCAGACAGGAAUGAUAUGUCUCAGAACCUUCCGAUAUCUCCCUCCAGUGUCUUUCUAGUUGAUGAGGAGGAUAUUGGUGAUGAAGACCUCCCUGGCCAAAUUAGUGACCUCCUACAGGAUGCUGCCAUCUUGGAUGAGAUGAGAUUGUUGGACCUGGCUCUGGAGGAAGGAUUCAGUCCAGAGAUGGCAGCACGGCUGGAGGAGGGCGGCUACCUUGAUACUGACAGAGAUGAUGAUCACUCUUCCAUGGCAGUCACAGAGGAUCAGAGUGAAACAGGACUACACCAGCAAGAUGGUGAUGAAGCAGACACUGACUCUGGUCUCUCCCUGGACUUCAGCUACAGCCCUGCUUCUCCAUGUGCUUCUGAGGCCUCGUAUUAUUCAUCUUCCUCCUCGUCUGCAUCAAACUCCUCAUCAUCCUCUAUUUCCGAUGUGGAAAGUCCCUUCUAUGAAGACAAGGAAGAAGAUGCUGAGGAAGGAUUAGUUGCUUCAGAUAUGGAAGUGGAGGUGACCAUAAAGCAGGAGGAGCUUGAUGAGGAGGAGAUGGGGGCAGUAGGAGGAGGGUAUCCUGAAGACAUUAAGAAACUCUUCCCUGUUAACUAUGGUGAUCACAAGCUGUCAAAUGGCUUUACUUGGCUGGAGCAGAUUGACCAUGAUCACACGUACAACCAGCCCUUCCCCUCCGCCUCCUCUCCAUCACGAAAUAUGCCCAGCAAACACACAAAAUCCUCUCCACAUCAUCCCAACCCCAGGAAUUACCACUACUCCUCUUCCAGACACAUCUCUGAAACCAAAAUGCGGAGCCGAGAUGAGCGACGUGCUCGAGGCUUGAAGAUUCCUUUCUCCAGCGAGCUGAUUAUUAAUUUGCCAGUGGAAGAGUUUAAUGACUUGCUAUGCAAUUAUAAACUCAAUGAGGAGCAGCUAAGCCUUAUCAGGGACAUUCGGCGCCGGGGCAAGAACAAGAUAGCAGCCCAGAACUGCAGGAAGAGGAAACUGAAUGUGCUGCAGGGACUUGAGGACAAUGUUUCAGGUUUGAGGCGCCGCCGUUCGCGACUGGUCCGAGAGAAACAGGACGCCCUGAGGAAUUUGCAAGAAAUGAAACGCCGACUGGGCACUUUGUAUCAGGAAGUCUUUUCAAGGCUGAGGGAUGGAGAAGGAAGGCCACUGGAUUCUGCAGAAUACUCUCUUAAUUUUGCUCCCAAUGGUAGUGUCAUGGUGGCUUCACACCAACAAGAAGGAUGGGUGCCACUGACGGGAGAAAAAACAAGCAAGAAACAGAGGAACAAAAAAAAGUGAGGAGGGAAUAUUCUCAGUUCUGGACAUUUGAAAACAUAGGGAGACUGGAGAUUCAUUUGAGGAAUGAUGUGGUGGGAUACAGGGAUUCUUUAUUUGGUGUUAAAUGAAGAUGCUGAAAGAGAACAUUAAAUCCUCAAACACCCAAAGAGAUAAGUGGCUGGCUAGAGAGGGAGUCAAGAUGCAGGAAGCGUUCUUUUUAUUGUCCUGAUGAUGUUGAUGAUAAGGCAAGCUUUUCACCAUAAACAUUUUUCUACACUGGAAAAAGACUUCCAGCUCUUGACAGGCGUGGGAUACAACUGGGAUAAAUUUGGGAUGUCUGUACUCAUUGGACUCCAAACAACAGACAAUUGAUGAUCUGGGACCAUCAUUAAAAACAAACAGCUCUAUGCCUAUGCAAAACCUUGCUUUCCUCACAUCAGACACGAGAAGGGACAAUCCAGCAGGCUGACAGCAGGCUGGACCCUGGCUGUCGGCUAAUUCAGCCAAGUGCAGACGAUGAAAGAGCCACCAAAGAUAGAUUGCUGGCAUCACUUCAAUGAUGCAGAAGGACAGCUGAUUGACGUGGCAGCACUUAUAAUUUACACCAAAAAUACCAAUGUUCGAAGGUAUGAUGAACUAAUUGAGAAGAAGGUGGGAUAUGUCAGCAUUCAUCACGUGAUUCAGCUGUGAACAAAGCAAGUGAUGGAAGGUAGACAAUGAAGAAUUUAGUGGACAGGGAGCAUGGAGCCCCACCCCAGGCCACUCACAGCCGAUAUAGGCUGGUGGACCCUCCCUUCAAUUUACUGUUGUGUUGAAGAGGUACAAAGUAAAGUCUAAAAAACUUGGUGUACAAAUAUUUAAGGCUUUUGGGGUUUUGGAAUCACAGAUCGAGCUUUUUUGUUAUACACUGUUUAACUGAGUGAAGAAUGAUUAAUUUUCUGAAGAAGUUGUGUUGGCAUUGGUUUUCUAUUUCCUGUCAACUGGAAGAAUUUUAGCAGUGGGUUUUAACUGUGCCUUCUUAAAUGUGGAUUUGGGUUUUUACAAAUUUACCACAUAUCAGUCUCUGUGAAACUGUAGCUCUCCUGGUGCCUGUUCCAAAGAAGAUGGCAGGAAUCUGUUUUCCAAAUGUAGCGGAAAGGGGGGGUCGGCUCUGCAAUUAAUGAAACCUACUGUCAAUCGUGGCAGGUCUGUAAAAUAUGGGGUAAAUACACCAAGACAGAGUUAAGUUGUGAAGCCAUUAAUGUUCCUGUAUGGGAGUUGGGGAUAUUUAAGGUGGAAGAUGUAUCACAAGUAUCGAUUUAAAGACAAAUUACAAAACACAAACGACAGAUUUAUAACAUCAGGUUCUAAGACUUCAAGGAUAGUGGGGGAGUUUUGAAGUCAGCAUAUCACCCUCUGGUGGUUGUAGAAAUAGCUGAGCAAGACCGAACUCAUUAGAGAGCAAUUAUUAGUACACGGAAUUGGCAGCAGUUUGACCUGUUGGUGUUAAUAAACUUUUAGGGGGAAGUCUUUUAUUCAAAGAUAGUAGUGAAAAUGAGUUUCUCAGGAACGUGCACAGCCAGGACAAGCUAGUAGUUUUUCUCCUCCUAUACAGUACAGUCAAAAAUACAUUUUCAGUUUGUGAUAAAAAAAAGUUGAUUCUUCACUUAGCAGAUACCUCGUUAAUAAAUCACAUUACUCUCCAUAUGCACCUGUGCCCCUUGAACAGCAAAGGCAAUUGUAUGGAAUGAAUGUUUAAACCAAAAUAAAAUAUAAUUUGACGGUGAGAACUUUUAAACCCCUGCAUGCAUGCCUCACUUCUUCAGAUGGAACAAGAUUGUAUUCAUUGUUGUGGUUGUUAAGCAUUUUUUUUUGUGUUUGCCCACUGUGCCUGGUAGUAUUCAAGGACAUGCACCUCAACUUUUGUAAUAUUAAAACUUUAUUUCCUUCUCUUGUGUUUACAUGGUUAGAAAAAUCAGCGCAAAUGUUGCCAUUUGCUGUUGUGCAUUACAACUGGGUCUGUGUGCUUAAAUGGUGAAUGGUCUGUAUAUUUAGUGCUUUUCUAGUCUUGGUGACCACUCAAACACUGUCAGCGCAGCCAUCAGGGGCAAUUUGGGGUUCAGUAUUAUCUUGCCCCAAAGACACUUGGGCAUGUGGGAUCAAACCACCAACCCUCUGGCUAGAGGUCGACCUGCUCAACCUCCUGGACCACAGCUGCCCCACUGAGCUUCAAUUAUGUGUAUAAUCAGGACAGUUGGCAGAACUUGGCAAUCAAAUGUUGACUGUAUUAACAGAAUAUACACUCUUGUUAGCAUUGGCUGCAGACUGGGUUUUAUACAUUCAGGGAAUAUUAAAACUGAUACCAUGUUGAUACUGACCAGGAGUUUUUAAUAAUGUGACACUCACACUUGUUUUGUUGGACACAAAUGGCAGCACAAAAAAAGGCAGAUGGUUUUAGCCAUCAGACAGCAUCUAAAUGUAAAGAGAUGUGGUGGCUGUCUUUCUUACUGUAAGCCAUUAGACCGGAAACAUUUGAGACACCACAGUACAAAUUAUUAUGAAAACAAAAAAACUUUAUUGUCCAAAACAGACAAAGUAAGAUCAGCCUGACAGUGACAAUCCACGUGAAACCAAUAUACAAGCAACAAGAUAACACAAGCUAAUCUGCUAAACACUGAGAACAGUUUCAGAGACAAGAUAGAAAAGCUAAGUAGCGGACCCAGAUACAGCCAAUUCAAUCCCUUCCUGUCAAGGGGGAGUCCGAGUGAAGGAUAUUUCAGUCAUAAGACUGUUGCACACUGUGAAGACAUAAGAGCCUGUAACAACCAAAAUUUUUACAGCUAAACAAACACUGGCUAAAAGAAUACAAUUUUCAGAUUGACAUUUAGACCUGUAAUUUGGACCCAGAUGAAAAGACAAACGGAUGUUGCAGUUUCCCACAGAAUUAACUAGGAAGAAGUUGGUGUUAGCAAGGGGAGCGCUGCAGAUUCACAGUGACAGGUAUACAGACUGAAGGGUGACAGCUAGGUUCUCGCGUGAGGUAAAGAACUGCAUUGCAUGCCACAACUGCUGCGUGGACGGUUGACCUUAGUGCCAGCUAGCGGUAGCCUGAAAGCUCGGGCGAGCACUCUGAAAAUAGCGCUGUACUGUAAAUUGGGCAGCAAACGAGUCAGAGAUUUAAAAAACAUUUUUGGUUCAGAAACAUUAGAUGUGGUACCAGUUAAAUGUAGAACAAGUAUUUUUGUGAAAGACAGUAGGAAUUUGAUUAUGCUUAGACAACCUGUCGUCACCUGUAAAGUCUUUAAUGCAACUUACUGCUUAAGGUCAUUAUAUGCCUUCUUCAACAUGUCACACGUGG